AUUACAGCAUCAUCUUAUCAGCAACUCCGGCGCGACCGCGAGCAUUUGUCUCGCAUUGCUCUCAUACACUCCUCCGUUUGAUCUGUAGACUAGCCGAAAGUAUGGGUUGGCAGAAGUCUUUCACGUUCGCUCCCCACAGGAAGGGAUGCCACUUGGUGACGAAUGAAGUGCUCGAUCACAUUCGCCCGGGAUUGAAGGAUGUGCAGAUAGGGAUGCUCUACCUCUUCAUUCAACACACUUCUGCAGCCUUGACCGUGAACGAGAACUACGACCCAGAUGUGAGGAAAGAUAUGGACAUGGCCUUGGACAGAAUUGUCCCGGAGAAUCUGAACUGGAUUCAUACGGAUGAAGGCCCCGACGAUUCAGUCUCGCACACCAAGACGUCCCUCGUCGGCACCUCCAUCUGCAUACCGAUCACAAACGGUCGCCUCAACUUGGGCACCUGGCAAGGCAUCUAUCUCACCGAAUUUAGACACGCGACGCACUCCAGACGAGUCGUGGCGACAAUCCUCACAUGAAGCACCAAUGGGCGCUGUAAUUGUCAUGUCAACGACAUACGCUAUCAUUUGCGGAUCGGAGAUACACAUGUAUGAACUACGGUCCCUGCUCGGUACGGAACAAUGCUAUCUCCGCACCGUUUGCUCGCGUGGCAAUGCCAUAAUUGCAGGCGCUGUGAUCGUCACGGCCUUGCUCUUGAUGCUAAC